GAAGAAGAAGAAGAGAGAGGAGGGGGAAGGUUUCGUCAUUGUUUUGCUGGUUUUGCUGCAGAACAGCACGAAUUGAUCUGACAGAGCUCUGAUAGUGUGUUUAACAAGAUUAUAGUCAACAUGACCACCAAGCACCGACUGAUAACUGAUUCAUUCAAGGUGGUGAAGAAAGCAAAGAGGGGGGGGCGGCGAGAGAAGAGACCUACUUCUCCUCCGCCACAGAAAGAGGCUGAGACUGAGACGGUCAGAGAGGAGGAGCUGCAGAAGCUCAGACAGUUUGAUCUGGACUGGAGAUUUGGGCCCUGCACAGGUAUUACCAGGCUGCAGAGAUGGGAGAGAGCAAAGCUUCAUGGUCUGAACCCACCUGAGGAGAUCAGAUACCUGCUGCUGCAAACACACACUGACCCCGACUAUAAGCUCAGCCUGUGGAGCGAAUAUCCUUUGUGAGGAAGUGAUCGUAAAGAGGGGAAAAGAACACCCCCCCAUCAAAAGUCAACUCAAGUUUCUUUAUAUGUCAACAUUUUCAAUGAUGUAACAAUUCAAAUCUUUUGACCAUUUGAAACUCCAGAAAAAAAAAA